GAGAGGUUGUUAGGCAUCCGCCCCGUUCUUAGGGCUGACCUUCAGGGGUCAUCUCUUAGGAUGCCAUGGUUGAGGGAGCACUUCCAGGCCCUUCCUCCCGACGCUGAUGAGAUGAUCAUCCAGCAGCAUGCUCGGGCGUAUAUAUUGAUGAUGAUGGGAGCCUCCAUUUUCGCUGACAAGAGCGGAAAUGAGGUUCAGGUGCUACACUUGCCUUUGCUUGAGAGGUUUGAUGUAGCAGCACAGUUUAGCUGGGGUAGUGCCACCCUGGCUUAUCUCUACAGGCAGCUGUGUCGCGGGUGCCAGAGAGGGAGCACAGAGCUGGGUGGAUUUUUGCUACUCCUCCAGAUUUGGUCAUGGGAGUAUAUCCACAUUGGCCGUCCCAUUAUAGUUGGAUAUCAUGGCAUUGAUGGACAGCCACUGCCUGAUGAGCCUCCACGUCUGCUAGGACCACAUCAUGUACGGGGCGUGGACCCUCUAGGCCGUCGGUGGCUAUAUGCUGGUUUAUCUCGCAUGUCAUCCGCUACUGGCCUCGGUGUGUACAGGGAUGCAUUGGAUCGGAUGUCAGAGGACCAGAUCACAUGGAUGCCGUAUAGACCUGAUAUGUUAGCAGAGUUGCCCCCAGCUGGCCGAGAGCAGACUCACAUAUGGCGAGCACGUGUGCCGCUGAUAUGUUUUGACAUUGUUGAGCUUCAUUUGCC